CUCCAUUGUAUAACGAACUCUCAUAUGUUGACAGUCUUGCGCAGUCUGAAAAUAUAAAAAAAUCGCAAAAAAAACUCAAAUAAUAACCGACGACAACCGAACAAUGCUGAAGCUUUGCAUUGCAUGCAGUAACAAGGUUGCAUCCACCAAUCGGGCUUGCCCUUGUGGUCACGUGUUUUCUCCUAACUGCAGGCGCAUAGGUGGAAAGCGGUUUUCUGGUUACCGUGUUGGUUUCCAGCGCCAGUCCCGAGCGCUAAUCGAGCGACAUCAAAAUGGCGUCAACAAAACGGAUCUGUCGCCCAAGAAAAAGCAAGUUGUUUGUCGAAUAAGCCCGAAAGCUAUCAAAUCGAACCCGGACAUUAAGAGGAUCACAGCUUUUGACAAGAAAAAGGCAAAAAGGCGGCAAAAUGGCCAACACCUCAAGGAGAACUAUACUAAGAGCGGGGACGAUCGUAAAACACAUACAUUAUCGCCACAUAAGUGCUUGCGGUACGCACUUGCGCUAGCGGAGAUAAACAGACGGCUUGUUGCACAGACAACGUUAUGGAGAAUGCUUCCAGCACAGAACUCAAUGUGAAUUGGUCUACCUGUUGUCAAUUUUAAUCGCAUAGCUUAGUUGCCAGGCCUCAUUCCUAGGUCACUUUUUGUGCCAUGCUGACAAAGAGUGGCCUGGAAACAAAAGUCUUUGCAUUUCUUUACUUGUAUAUAAUAUCAUGUACAGUUAGUAGGGGAACCCUCGAGUCCAGGACACAAA